AUGAAAGCGGCUAAACCUAAUCUAGCUAGGUCGGCGCCGGCUUUGGGCUUGAAUUGUGCGGAUUGGGCUUCAAAAACGGCUUCGGGUCGACCGCGGCGUUCGGACGGUCGGUCGGGACGAUCGGCCGGACAGUCGGGUCUGGCCGAGUCGGAACGGUCGUGGCCGGAUGAUUUCACGGUCGGCCGGCGUGGUCGGCGGAUAAGAUUUGGCCGAUGGUUUCUCGGCCGGACGUGGGACGUUCUUCCCGGCUCGGACGGAUGCAUCGGCCGUGGUACGCGAGUGGUUGCGCGGCCGCGAGGCUUUGUUCCCGGCUCGCGCGGCAUGGUCGUGCGCGGCGUGGCGUGA